AUGGUGACGGUGGCGGGUUUAAUGGUGAGAGAGACAGAGAAUCGAUGGUCAAACUCUACAUUGGCUUCUUCCGCAAACUUGGUCAAGUAUUCGGAUCGUUCAUCUAAAUAAUCGGUGAGACGGACCUUUUGGGCUUGA